AUGCCCUUCUUACCAAUGAAUUAUGGAUCAACAAGAAAAUACUACCAGAAUCAGUUAUAUUUCGAACAGUUUUUUAAACCAAAAUUGGUUAAUUCAUUUACAAUUUUGAAAAAGAAUGAAGUAUCUUCAAAUUUUGCCACUCGUUGUUCUUUAAUCCUGUUGGGGGAUGGAUUUUUACAAAAAAGAUUCUUGCUACGUAUCUGCUCUCUAUUUAAUUUAUCAGCUAGUAAGGGAACAGUCAGAUUUAAGGUAGAUCCAUAUACGGAUAAUCAUUGCAUUGAUAUAAUUACAAGUAAUCCAUGGGUUAUCCAUACUGCAAGACAGCAGCAAGCAAAAAUUGCUUGUUUUUGUUUCAAUCUCAAUGAUUAUGAAUCAUUUGUUCAAUUUUUUAAAUUUAGCUUUUUAAGUUGGAAAAAAUCAAAUGAACUAGAGGAUGAAGUAAUGGAACAUUUAGAAAGGAAUGAGAAAUUUGUAUUGAUAUUUGGAUUUUUAUCAGAUAAUGAGGAGGAAAAGGUUCCUCAUGGAGAAAUUUGUAAAUUCAUUGAGGAUAACUUUGGAAAAUCAUCAAUUUCUCAAUUACACUCUAACAGAGUGCAAUAUUUCAAAAUCAAUCCAGUCAGUGCUUCGAUUGAGAAUUUACUAUUUCCAAUAUUGUAUGCCAGAUGCUUACUCUAA